AUGGCAGUGGCGGUGUAUGCAGCUCUAAGUUCUCUUAGCCACACCAUAGAUAGACCACAAACAAAUCACUCGCGCCCUCCAAUUUCUCUUGAUAAAUCACACACUAAACCUCUGACCGAAAGUCUCACUUUCUUGCUGGGCUUUCUCGAACACUAUCCGUUCGAUCAAAUUCAGGCUCAUGGGAAAAAUCUGGUUUUUGAUGUUGACUUGUUGUGUCAACCUCAACACAAAGUGAUAGAGGAAAUGGAUCUCAUUAAGAAUGAGGAGACAAAGUAUGCAAAAGUUUGUCGGGGAAGAAGGUAUUUGAUUGUUAUGGAUGAUAUAUGGAGCAUUGAGGCUUGGUACAACAGGAGUAGAAUAUUGAUAACCACAAGGUCGUCAAACUUGGCUUCACAGUUGAGUGGCUGUUGUGGCUUGGAGAUGAGUUUUCUAGAUGAUAAUAUAUUUUAUAAAAGUGGGUUUGGGGAAGAAGGUUGCUCUUCCAAACUGGAGGAAAUGGGGAAGAAAAUUGUGGAAUGCUGCAAAGGGCUUAAGGAGAUUGAGAUGAGUUAUUGUACUGAGUUCCCUAUGAUUUCGGCCCGUUGCAUUAUGCAGGUACCAAUCAGGUCUCUUGCUGUCUUACUUUGUACCACUACUCUUAAGAUUGUUAACUAA